CACUGCUCUGUACCAGUGGGCUGCGCCUGCUGGUGUAAGUCAGCACAGGCCCUCGGUCUCAGUGGGAGCAGAAGGAAAACGGAGCACCGAAGGCAAGGAGACACAGAAUGAACCUGACGGAGGUACACAACUGAGACACCACUGACUGAACUCACUGACACAGGUGGGAUCUUGCUUCUGAUUUCUUGGCUGUUUGGUGAUAGCAAGAGGAGCAAUCAUGGGUCUUGAUGUGUGGAACUUUUUUCUCCUGUUGGGUUUGUCUCUGUGGAGCAACAGUCAAGCCUUGACCAGGAACCCAAUCCUGGCCAGGAUUCGAAGAGCUCCAGAGGCAGCUGAAGAAAACAAGAAAUGCUCCUACACCUUCUUAGUCCCAGAACAAAAGAUUACGGGUCCCAUUUGCGCUGCCCGUGGCUAUUCCACUGAUAAAGACCGAGUGACACGCCUGGAUGUUGCUGCAGUGCGAGACCUUCUGUCCAAACAACGUCGGGAGAUGGAAACUUUGAAGCUUGUGGUGGAUGUGGACGGUAACCUGGUGAAUGAGAUGAAGCUAUUGAGGAAGGAGAGCAGAAACAUGAACUCCAGAGUGACCCAGCUUUACAUGCAGCUGCUGCACGAGAUCAUAAGGAAGAGGGACAACUCUCUGGAGCUGGCUCAGCUGGAGACACGCAUCCUUAAUGCCACAACUGAGUCACUGCGGUUGACAUCCCGGUACAAGGAGCUGGAGGCCAAAUAUGCAGCAUUGUCUGCAAUUGUGAACAAUCAGUCAGUGCUGAUUGGAACUUUAGAAGAACACUGUAUGCAGAUGUAUAGUCGUAGACAUGAACAACCACACAUAGGACCUCCGUUGGUACAGGUGGUGCCUGAGAACAUUCCGGUCAGUGUGCCACGGUUCACAAAUGAGAUCCAGAGUCGUAACACCAGAGGGUUUGGCCCGGAAAGGGGCUCUCAUUCAGGGUCAUCUCCCACGAGCAGUACUCCCGAGGUCCCGAAAUCUGAGAGAAACGUCAGCACAGAGGGCUCGUUCAGAGACUGCCAGGAGGCCCAAGAGGCCGGCCACAGCACCAGCGGUAUGUAUGUGAUCAAACCAGAUGAAGCGGAGAGGCCGGUGCAAGCCUGGUGUGAACAGGAUAUAGACAACGGGGGUUGGACGGUUAUCCAGCGCCGGAGAGAUGGAUCAGUUAACUUCUUCAGGAACUGGGAUAACUACAAGAGUGGCUUUGGAAACAUAGACGGGGAGUACUGGCUCGGCCUGGAAGCUAUCUACAAGUUGGGGAGACAGGGAGACUACAAGCUCCUGGUGGAGAUGGAGGACUGGAUGGACAAGAAAGUCUACGCGCAGUACAACAGCUUUCACCUGGAGCCUGAGAGCGAGGGGUACCGCCUGCGGCUGGGCACCUACCAGGGCAAUGCCGGGGAUUCCCUCAGCAGCCACAAUGGCAAACAGUUCACCACUCUGGAUCGAGACAAGGACGCCUUCUCAGGUAACUGUGCACAUUUCCAUAAAGGAGGAUGGUGGUACAAUGCUUGUGGCCAAGCCAACCUUAACGGUGUCUGGUACACGGGAGGAGUGUACCGCAGCAAAUUCCAAGACGGGAUCUUCUGGGCUGACUACGGCGGAGGUUUCUACUCCAUGAAGUCUGUUCGCAUGCUGAUCCGGCCCAUAGACUGAGGCUGCAAGAAGUACUGUCCAAAAGGCAGGGCUGGCAAAUUCAAGACUCCUUCUUAAGUUGCUCCUUUAUACAGUACAUCUGCAAUGAGAGGUUGAUCCUAGAUGGAGAAACUCAACAAAUGGAAAGAGGCCAAGUGUCAUUUUGCAGGAACAGACACAAACUCUGCAUAUAAGGGCAUUUUGGGGACAUGAAUCUAUAUCACAAUAGCUCUGUAAAGCACCGACACUGGACCUUGCAAAAGUAUUCAUGGUCCUUGAACAUUUAAACAUUAUGUGACGUUACAACAACAAACAUCAAUGUAUUUUAUCUGAUAGACCAACAUAAGACAUCUCAAAAUUGUAAUGUAGAUAAAAAAUACACAGUUUUCAAAUUAUUUACAAAUGAAAAGCUGAAAAGUGUGGCAAGCAUUUGUAUUGAGCCCCAUUCACGCUGACAUCCCUAUUUAAAUCCAGACAUGUGGAAGAAGGUGCAUUUUGGCCUUCAUGCGAAACACAGAAAACUACACACUGCACAUAAUUUGAACACACCAUCUCCACAAGGAAACACAGUGUUGGCAGCAUAAUGCUGUGGGAUGCCGUUCUUCAGUAGGACCAAAGAAGCUGGUCAGAGUUGAUGGCUGGAUGGAGGGAGUUAAAUACAAGGGAAUGCUGAAAGCCUGUAAGUGGCUGCAUAAGACUUAAUCAACAUUAAUUAUACAGACAACUCUACAGGGGUAUGUGUUAGAAUGGCCCAGUCAAAGUCCAAACCUAAAUGCAAUUAGGAAUCUGUGGCAAGACAUACAAAUUCACAUUUAAAUAUACUUUACAUCUACCUUAAGUGAUUUGAAGCUAUUUUCCAAAGAUGAAUUGACAAAUAUUUAUUGGUAAAAAUGGAAAACUAUGUACAAUACCUGGUUUGUGGUUCUUACAUGAAAAAAAUGAUUACAAGUUCAAGAAGAAUGAAUACUCUCCCAAGGUCCAUUAUGUUAAAAGGUAAAAGGAAUUUAAGAAAAUAUUAAAAUCUAUAACAUUUCCGGUACCAACAUCACAUGAUCUGAAUGCAGAAUCACCUACCUCACCAAGAUAAACAUCUGGUGCAAACAUUAAUAUUUGGUAUAACUUUGUUUUAGGUGCUUGGAGCUGGAAAAUCCACAGUGUUAAUACCUACAUACAGUAUACUGUAUCCAUAUAAACUACACACUCUUUUCCAGAUCCAAAGCACCACAUUUAAUUGCACAGUGUAUUUUAAUUUAAAUCUCUACCCUUAAAACAACCUUUAUACUGCAUGCUAAAAUACUCUGUGUGAGUUCAGAUGACCAAAAAGUAUAAUUUAUGCGUAUAAUUAAGUUAUCAUAACAGUGAAAAGGGCCAGGUGUCCUUUGAGAGAAGGAAAUGAUCCUAUAGAAAAACGGGAGUCGUUUCCUCCUGCUGUAAAUAGGACAAUCAUAGUCAAACUGUGCACACUCAUAUGGAAAUUGUUCUUGUGUGUUUUUCAUUUGGACUUUGAUUAAAGUUCAGUAUGACUCUGGGAAA